GGUAUUCGGUAUAUCCCAAAUACCGGUACCAAACUUCCAGCCCUAAUCACGACGAUCGCCGGAGGGAAUCCCAGUUUCCCCUUCUCCCUCUGAUUCGCGCUACAACUCCCAGGAAUCAGAAUGAAUCCUGUUCCUUACUCCGUGCCUCAAGUGGCUCGGCAACCUUCUCCUUGGACGCCGAUGUUGCCUCCCAAUCCACCGCAUUCAAUUGCAUUUUGGGAGAACAGGAAUGUUCACGAGCGGCGGAGGGAGCUGCAAGAGACUCUGGUUCUUGCAGAAACAAUGCAAAGAGAGCUAGAGGCGCUGGCAAAGCUGAAGUCUAUCGAAGGAUCUGGGGAAGACAGGGAUAGGGUUUCCGCUGAACCUUUUACUUGUGAGCUCUCUAAGUGUCUAGAGGACAGGAAAAUUGAUCUAGCAGCACAAGAAAAUGUCUCUGUCAGUGCAGCAAAUGAUUUAAUGUCGAGGCUAAGAGCCCAGCUGGAGCCGUUUCGCUAUAUCGUGGACGAAACAACCCCCUGGGAGGAGAAAUCAGCAGCAGUUAGACUAUCUGAGAAGUUGCUCAAGUCCAAGAGGAACAAACGUUGGAGAAAAAGAAAACGAAAACUUGCUGCAGAAAUGCAUGCGAAGGCGGAUGAACGGUUUGAGCAAGCUGACACGGAAGCUGAUGAAUGGAGGGCUAGGGAGAUUGCUAAGGAGGCAGCACAACUCAAGGUGGAAAGUAUGAAUGCAAUUGCAAAGCUUAAGGCUAAAGAAGAACGAAAGAGACUCGAAUCUGAGCUUGAACUGGUCUUGAUGGUUGAGAAGUUGCAAGAGUUGCGUUCCUUGAGGAUCCAAAAAUUAAAGAAACAAGGACAUUUUCUACCUGAGGAGGACGACAAGUUUCUGGAGAAGGUCCAAGCUGCAGCUGAGGAAGAGGAGCGUCUGGCGCAGGCUGCAGCUGACACAGAUGCUGCGAAGGAUGCAAUUGCAACUGCUUUAGAAUCAAGGAAAAGCAUGCAGAGCAAUGGGUCUGUCCCAAAGGAAGCAAUAGGUGAUGUUAAUCAAGAUAGAGGAAGCCUAGACCAAACAAUCCAAGGAGAAGAAAGGAUAGGCUCUGCUGCAGAAAGUGGUCCAUCCGGAGAGAAACCACCUGAAAGUCAUAGUUAUGGCGGAGCAUUUAACACAGUGGAAAAUUUACCAAUUGAAUUCUAUCAUUAUUAUCAUGGAAGCAGUAAUGACAUGGGGACACUCAUUGAGGUUAGAAGGGUGUGGGAUGCAUAUAUAAGGCCAGGAGGAAGUCGUAUACCAGGGCACUGGAUCCAGCCACCACGCCCAGCAGAUGAUACAUGGGCAUCCUACCUUGUUAAGCCUAAAUGACCAGUUCUCUGUUAUCUAUCAAGUGCCUGAUUUGCCUUUAAAGAAUAAUUCCCGUCCCAUUUGCAUUUGCAAGCUUCCAUAGAUUAAGUCUUGUGAUGAUGGCAACCGCAGAGCUAGAGAACUGAAACAGCAAACAAUUUUUUGGCUGGUUUCACAAUGACAUAGAUUUAUCCUGGUAUAUAACAGUGGGGUAUAGACGGAGGCCAUUGCAAACAAGGUGCUUGAUCGGCAGAGUCCAGCAUCCAUUUGCUAGUCAUUUGGAUUUCUUUCCUGCCCUUCCAAAAGUGUUUUAGUGAAGCUAGUGAGAGAGGGAGAAAGAGCGUCGACCGGAAAUCAUGUGGAUGAUUUCUUGUCCUCUGAUCCAAUGGUCAUGGCUACCAGGAAUCCAUAAAUGGAAAGACUCAGUAAGGUGGUCUUGAAUCUUCUUCCCAAAACUGCUGCUCGAGAUGCUACAGGCAACGGACUGCAUAUCUUACGUGGAUCGCUAGUUCAGGUCAGAAGACCAUGUAGCCAUGGACAAUUGAGAAACAGAUGCGCAAUUUAAUCGUCUGAAGGUGGUCAGCUAGGGCAAACGUUGUGUAUUAUUUUCAACAAGAAAAGCCUGUUGUGUAAGGGGCACAGCUGUUCUGUGCGAUGUUUGCGCCAACCCCGAGUGCUUCUAACAUAGAAGUUUCUACAUAUCUGAAGUUUGUUUUCAGCCAGUUUUAAGGCAAACUUUUCAUCAUUCAUGAUAUAUGUGAUGCCCCUGAGGUUGAGUAUUGAAUAACUGUGAGAAUCCCAUUGCCG